AUGGAGAAAUAUUUAUAUUUAAUUUUUAUACUAUUGUUGUGUGAUCUCCCAAGAAACAUCGUGUCAAGAGUUCCUCCCAGCAUAAAUAACGGCGAUGAUAAUAGAAUAAUUGGCGGUUACAAUGCAACCAUAGAAGAUUUUCCUUACCAAGCACUUCUCAUGAUAUUAAAGGGCUUACAAGUCUUCCAAUGUGGAGGAUCUGUUAUAAACUCACAAUAUAUUUUGACAGCGGCCCAUUGUGUAAUAGGGGCAGGAUUGAUAAGAGCCAGAGUAGGAAGCACAUUUUCAAACACCGGUGGUAGAGUAUACACGUCGUUUCGCUUUGGAACUCAUCCGUUAUACAAUCCAGUGACGUCCGAUUAUGAUGUGGCAUAUGUACGCGUUGUGCCGCGGAUGUCUUUUAAUGGAACUAAUGUUCGGGCUGUUGAGUUGGCACCACGUGACAGUGCUGUUGCUCCUGGCACUAUAUUCACAGUGUCAGGCUGGGGAGCAACGAAGGAAAGCGGCGAGGCUGUUCAAAAUUUGAUGGCAGUUAAGGUACCAGUUAUAUCUUCUGAGGAGUGCAUGAAGUCUUACAGCACGAUCACCGCUAGAAUGGUUUGUGCUGGCGUACCACAAGGUGGCGAAGAUUCUUGUCAGGGUGACUCAGGAGGACCAGCUGUAUCAGAAGAUGGGGUUCAAAGGGGCAUAACGUCUUAUGGCAUAGGUUGCGGUCGACCAGGAUUUCCUGGUGUUUAUACAAAUGGCGACACCGAAGUAAUUGUUGAAGUUGUCGAAAGUUGGUAUACUGAGGAGGAGGAGGAGUCCCUCAUCAAGCACGGAGUAGCUGGGCGACAUCUUUGCCAUCAUCAGGUAUAUAAACAGAAUAGUAUGUCAUGGUACAUUAUAGGUUUAGACUCUAGUGAUUAUAUGAGUCUAACUAAAAUGAAGGUGUCACAGCUAUAUUUGUUUUGUCUAUAUUCGGUCUUCUUUCUUCUCUUCGCAGAUGUUUCAAGCAAGAAACAUGAGCGUCGUGAAAAGAAGACAGAAGCUGGUAAAAUAGUUGGUGGCUCUGAAGUUAGUAUAAAAGAUUUUCCGUACCAAGCACGUCUAGUAAUUGAAACGGGCGAAGGAUAUUUUGGGUGCGGAGGGUCGAUUAUUAGCGACACCUACAUUUUGACGGCAGCACAUUGUUUGACCGGAGCCAACAAAUUAUUCGUCAGAGUAGGAAGUGUUAAUGCUGAUGAAGGAGGAGAUUUGAUAGAAUCUACGGAUUUCAAACAGCAUCCCAAAUAUAACUCUUCCGUUUAUGACUUUGAUGUAGGGCUAGUUCGCCUGCCAUCCGCAAUAGCAUUUGAUAAUACAAAACGAGCAAUUAGGUUGCCAGUCAGAAAAACUAGUAUUCCUGCGGGGACUAGAGUUACUGUUUCAGGAUGGGGUGCUACGUCUGAAAAUGGAGAGGGCAGUGAUACUUUAAUGGCGGUGACAGUACCAGCUUUAUCAAACACUCGAUGUCGCGCAUCCUACAGGGCUCUUACACAAAACAUGGUCUGCGCUGGCGUUCCUCAAGGCGGCAAAGACUCUUGUCAGGGUGACUCCGGAGGACCUGCAGUGGUGAGAGGUAAUCUAGGAGGGGUUGUAUCGUUCGGUUAUGGCUGCGCACGUCCUGGUUUUCCCGGUGUCUACGCCAGAGUAGCAAGUCCACCUAUACGCGAUUGGAUCAAACAAAAUUCUGGCGUUUGAUAGAAUAAAAUAGUACUUCGGCUUCGGAAAAUGUUUCUUGAAUUGUAUCGUUCCGUCAAAUGGUUCUUCGAUGUUAUGUGUGGUUAUAAUAAAGGCACUGUUUACUGUA